AAUGGAGGAGUGGGAUGGGCCGGUUGAAGACUUUCUUUAAACAAACUUUUCAGUGGUACUGCCUGCUUCCCUUCCAACUAAGCACUGAGACCCAGACAGAAGGCCUCAGAGAACUCCCCAAAACAACUACAAUUCACCUGAAGCCAAGGCCCAUCCAACCACCACCAUGUCGAGCAAACGUGCAAAGGGGAAGACCACCAAGAAGCGGCCCCAGAGGGCCACGUCCAACGUGUUCGCCAUGUUCGACCAGUCUCAGAUCCAGGAGUUCAAGGAGGCCUUCAACAUGAUCGACCAGAACCGAGACGGCUUCAUCGACAAGGAGGAUCUUCAUGACAUGCUGGCCUCACUGGGUAAGAACCCGUCAGAUGAGUACCUGGAGGGGAUGAUGGCGGAGGCGCCGGGGCCCAUCAACUUCACCAUGUUUCUCACCAUGUUCGGAGAGCGCCUCAACGGCACCGACCCAGAGGACGUUAUCCGCAACGCCUUCGCCUGCUUCGACGAAGAGGGCUCUGGAGUGAUCCACGAGGACCACCUGCGAGAGUUACUGACCACAAUGGGCGACCGCUUCACUGAUGAGGAAGUGGACGAGCUGUUCCGUGAGGCGCCUAUUGACACGAAGGGCAACUUCAACUACGCCGAGUUCACCCGCAUCCUCAAACACGGAGCUAAGGACAAGGACGACAUGUAGGGAGAGACAACUGCUUUGUGGCCCGCACACACAGUGCUUUUUAGAUGGAAUGGACUUCUCUUUUAUAGUCAAUGGUGAUUAUCCAUUGAGGAGUGUAUCUCAGCUAAGUGCAUCUCAAUAAGUCUGUAGUGGCUUCCUCUCUGGAUCCUUUCUGAAAUUCCCAGUGAUCGGAAUAUUGCUUUACUCUAAUCCAUUCCAGGAAAGGUGACAAGGUGAAAGGAAGCAAUAUUAGACUCUUGAGAUGCAUUGAACGCCUUUGUAUGUGUGGCCCACUCCCCCCAAAAAGCAUUCAGCACUACAUACCA